GUUGAUAGUCCGCGUUUGUUGUAAAUGUUGUAAAAACAAUAAAAUAUAAUACAAAUUUCGUUCAACGUUAAUGUUUUUGUGCUUUUUAAGCGAUUUUAGUUUAAACCGAUAAAGCGUUGUGCAUUGUUAAUCAUAAUUAAAUGUAUUUUAUAUGUUUAUAACCUUAAAAUGUCAUUUACUAUUUCAAAUGUUAUAAAAUAUCCGAAAUCUACAUUGCAAAGCUUUACAAAUACCGAUGAAACGGGUCAACAAGAAGACUUUCAAACUUUGGGGGGAAUUUUAUUGGAAACAAACUUUAGUUGGUUGGCCAAAGGGCCUUGUUUAGAAGUAAGAAACAACAAAACGGGCUGCAAAGUAGGCGCCUGGACUUUUGGCUAUAUUUUAAAAGAUUCCGGCACCAAAGUUGUUUGUGUCGAUGAAAUCAAAAAGCCUCAUGGUCGAUUACCAUUGCUGGCAGUGGGGUUGGACUGUGAACUCAGUGGGGGGUUGAUUUGCAUAUUUGAUGUUUAUGGAUCCAAAGUAAUAAGGGCCAUACAAAUUAAGGAUAAGAUUUCUAGUUUACAUGUAGUAGAUGCUGGGUUUGAUGAUUUAAAUUUGCGCGGUCCUUUGAGGAAUUUUGAUGGAAUUUUAGCUGUAGGUACUAAACAUGGGAAGGUUUUACUUAUUGAUAUAUGCAGACAAAUUUGUGAGGAAGCUUUGCAAAAAAUUGACUCGUUAGUUGUGAGGGAUGAAUUGUGUCCUUGUCAGUUAUUUUUUUUUACUCCUAAUGAUGUCUCAAGGAUAGAGUAUUUUAAGGAAGUUUCUGUUAGAGAAGGGCAUCAUUUAGCAAUACAUUUAAAUGUGGUAACAGACAGUAAAACCGAGCACUUCACUCUGCGCGGCCAAGAGGGCGACGACCGCAUCCACGUAAACAAAGACGAGGUCGCCACCAGCGCCGUCUUCUACUGCCCGCAGCUUACCUCCCUCCUAGUUGGCUACAACUUCGGCGCGUUCCAACUAUGGAACCUCUCAGACCUCCUAUUGGUCUAUACGUCGCCCGUGUGCGAGGAGCACAUGCCCAUCACGCAGUUCUGCGUACAGGAACCUGACAAUGACCCGCGAGCCUUUUGUUACGUUUGGGCGGUUUACAGUAAUAUUGGGUUGUAUCAGAGCGGGCUGCCUUUUGCCGUCAUGUACUCGUUUUGCUACGAGAACAAGGAUUAUCAGGAGGGUUAUGGCUAUUUGUAUCAGGACUUUCAAAACUGCGGUGUCAGAUUUCAAGUAGAACUAGGCUCGGUAGACGAAAACAAUCUAAAACUCAAAGGCGGCUAUUGCCUGGGCUUACAAUCCAUCCAACAAAAAAUGGUGGCAAACCACAGCUCAUUGGACAACCUAGAAGAUUCUCUAGCCCUAUGCACAAUAUGUUGGACGGUGUGGUUUAGCAACAAAGAAACCCAGACCAACUUUCUAGUCUUUGAUUUGAAUCAGUGGUACAAAGAACAAAUGCCUAGCGUGCCCAAGUUAAGCGCAUGCGCGACCUACAUGACCCGCACGAAUUUGUCACACGUCUUGAAACUUUCUAUUUACAAGGGUGGUAGUGUUAUGAGCUCUAGAAUGAAUAAGAAGAGCUUGAGGGAAUUUGUCGGCACUCAGAGGCUUGAGGAGCAUUUUUAUCCAACUUCAUUGAGCUAUGAUGUUUUGUGUUUGCGUGAAGUCGAUGUUGCUCAUAUAAACGCUCAAGGAUUACAGAAAACUUUACUUUGCCAAAUCGAAAACGCAGGGCCUAUAGGACUCCUAAGACCUGCUGACAUCUAUCAGCAAAUAGUGAUGUUAGGAUUAUCCCCUCUUUUCGUUGAUGUACCCAUGAACACGCCAAUAUCAACAGAUCUCCAACGCGAAGUAGUCCUAAACGUAGCCCUGGAACAGCAGCUGGUGGGCUGGUUGUGCAGCUGCGCCAAAGAAUGGGCUAACGGCAGUUUUGCGCACGCAGGUUGCUCUUUGGAUGGGCUUGUACACUGGGCGUUUCAAAGAGCCGUAUUACUUAAAAAUCAGUGCGAUAAAUAUUGCGUGCCCCUAUUCGAUUACUCGCAAGCUAGACUGGAUAGUAACACAUGCAAAUUGUUGAACAAUUGCACAAGACAAAUCGAUAAUCUUUGCACAUUUUAUUCCUUUCUCAUUAGUAGAUUGUCUUGUUAUAUAAGCAAUCAAGAACUUGUUUCUGAUCAGUAUAGAAGUCUUCAAAUGGUUUCGGUUUAUUUUGAAGUUCUCCAGUGGUUGGUAAAUGUUGGAUUGUUGCCUGAAUGCCCACCAUCAUCUUAUCCUAAACCUGAUCAAAAUGAAAGAAUAAGUGCUCCAUAUCCAGUGGAACAGUUAACCAACUAUUAUAAUGAAAAACGCGCCUUGUUGCAAAACUUAAGCGAUGGAUCAUUCGCCAACCCCGACAACCUCCUCUUCAUCGACAAUUUAAUAGAACACAGAUGCGGUGCAGAACGCCUCCAAAAAUUCUGGCAAGGAGACGGCGGUAGCGGUCUUUACCCGCCUCCCUCGCUACAAUCUCUCCUCAGAACCUACUUGAUAGAAGGACCGGACAUUAGCUACAAGCAUUCUCUUGUUAUUUACGUGUUCUUGGACUUGGCGAUGGCGCUAGAACAAGAAAGGUACGAUCCCGUGAUUACGCAUCUGAUCAAAUUUCCGGCCGUUUUCAAAGUGAGUCCGAGUCUGAUUAAAAUCACGCAGGCGUUUUGGCAAUUGGACCACGGAGAUUAUACAACGGCAAUGGAGCAGUUAUUAGACCCCUUUGUUUUGGGUGACGAUUUACAAAAUUGGCAUCACGCUUGUGCUUUAAAUACCUUAUUAUUGCAGAACCAACAUCAUUAUGCCUUGCUUUACAUGCAGGUAAGAAAACCUCCAAUUUUGAACGAAAAAGAUGUAGUAACCGCCAUUAGUUUGUUUAUUGCAAAUAACAUGCUGGAUGAGGCAUUUUACUUCCAAAAACAAUACCAAAACAAUAAUGACGAUAAACUACUUGCCCAUCUUUUUAACGAGUGCAAUAAAAAUGAAACGCUAAAAUCCCUGCUAUACCGCUUCUUGGACACGAAAGAAGAAAAAGCGUUCUUCAAAUACCUACAAACUAUAAGGGACCCCAGUACGGAUGACCUGCAAGUUUUCUAUUUUUUGCUUAGAUCGCGAUUCAUCGAAGCUUUCGAUAUACACCAAAAUUCCAAACGCAUGAAACCCGAAACUCAAGGUCUUGUGGGUCAAAGAAAUUCCACUAGAACCGAUAAUUUGGUGAGAUUUUUCAAAAAUCUUUUGCCCAAUGUUAACAAGAAUUUGCUGGAUGUGAUAAGAAAUGAGAGAACCAAUCUUUGGAAAGAAGUAGAAAGACCGACUCCUUUAUCAGUUUUUGUUCACAACGCCAAAGAACAAGUGAAAUAUAAAUCCACUGUAAUACACGCCGCGUUAGCAAAAGCAAAACAAACAUUUAACGAAACUGGCAACAGCAUGCAUUUCAGAGAUCUGACAACAGAGGAAACGCCAUUUUUAAGGACCCCCAAAGCCCUCCCUGACUGCAAAAGACGCCAAACCCACGUAAUUUCACCUGUAAUUAUAGAUGAUGAUUUUGAGGCUACACCCCCAAAGAAGAUGAGAUUAAGUCCAAGAAAUGCCGCUGCUGCUCCUUCUAAUUUUAACAUAACCAGUCCAUUAGUGCAAAAUAAAAUGGCAACGCCGCUGGUUUGCAGGAAAAUAUCCGAUUGCCAAAAAUUGUCAGAGAAAUUCGAUAUUUGUACACCGCACAGCAUUCUCAAGGUCAAGAAUUUGGUUAUGAAUAACGAUACCAAUCUUGAUAAUACUUUUGAAGACAACACCGCUCAGUUUAGUGUUAUAAGGGAUAAUUCAAAGUUGCAGAAAUCGGCGCUUGGUGUCUCUGGUAGACAGUCAAUAUCAAGAACUCCAAUAGUUAGAUUCGAUGUUGCAAGAUAUUCCACAUCGUUCAGCGAUACAAGCAAGGAUAAAUCAUCAUUGGAUAAUACAUCAUUAAGGAUUGAAAGCACUGCAAGACCUAGUCUUCUAGAACACAGCGCCAUGCAAAGAUCCUCAUUAUCGUCCAAAGAUACUUCCUCGGAAGUUUUCUAUUCCCCUGAUGCGUCGGUGAACGAUUCAACGAAAACUGAUGACAGUAAAGUGAUGGAGAUGAUGGAGGGGACUGUCGAAGUCAUGGAUAAACCUCAGGGAGAGCCCCUGGAAACCGUAAAAGUAACGGAAACCACCUCCAAUGAGACGGAAGUUAAGGGGACGUCUCCAGAUAAAAUGGAGGCAGGGGAAUCACCAAGAGGUAGAAGUAGCUACAAACGUCCCUUCCAAGAGUCGUCUCCAGUGAGAUCGUCGCCAAGACUAAAAUUUUCUGUUUUACAAGAUCACCAGAAAACACCAGAAACAUCGGAAAAGAGUGACACAUCCAGUGAACCUCAGUCCUCCCCAAAAGCUGCACAAAAGUUACGAGGUAGAAAAUCACUAAGCAGGCAAGUUCUAGAGCACAACGCAUCAAAAUUAUUGCCGGCUUCUGAUGUUGUUAGUAUCAGAAGGAGUAUUACCAAAGACGUAUCGUCUAAGGAAGUUAUCACAGUUACCAAAAAGUCACUAGAGAGUACAGAAGUAAGUGUGAAAGAAACAAAGACGCAAACCCACGAGGAAGAAACAACAGAGAACCAAGAAACCAGCAAGAAAUUCGAGGCGAAUGAAACUUUAAAACAAGAUAAAAUCAUCAGGAAAACUUUAGACCCACAAACUCCUGGAACAAGCAAAAUAAAUGUAGACUUUGACUCUAUCACCGUACUUGAAGAUAAACCGGAAGAAUCCGAUCAUAGCGAAGCUAGUUUGGACAAUAACACCUACGAUAACCCUGAGUUCGCCAAUAGAUUAGUCGGUAGAUACACCAGGAAAAAAUCCGAUGCUUCAGAUGCCGAACUGAACUACCUCGAACACCUCGAAAAUGCUAUAACUAUAAAUGACACAACCAUAGAAAAAAGCAAGUCUGAUAAUACCGAACCAAUGGAAGUCGAUUGCGAUUACGUUUACGAUAAUCUAGACGAAAACGUUAACGAUAAUUUAUUCGAAGAAAUUCCCGAAGAAAGUUCUCAGGUUUACGCAGAAAUGUCGACUGUAGAUCCUCACAAUAUCGCCGCAAUGGAAGAUUUCAAAGAACUCGAAAAAACCAAUGUUCCAACAAGCGAAUCAUCAACGGGCAGUCAUUCCACAGACGAAGACUUUGAUAAGGCGUUUGUUUACAACCAAACUCAAACAAAUAACGAAAAAGAAUGCGAAACCAUCGAAAUCAGCAGCGGGAGCGAAAGCAACAGUAGCCGUAGCGCAACUACAUCGUCGAUCGAUGAUUAUGAUGAUGAUGGAGAAAGUUUGAACUUCGCAUUCGAAGAAAACAUCGAUAGAAAUUUCAGUGGCGAUGAAACUUCAAGAAGCACUGAUGUCACUUAUUCGAGGAGAAAAAGAUACGACCAAAACAAUUCGAGUGAAGAUUCUAGACAGCCCGUGGAAGAAGUUAGCAGCGAUAGCAAAUCGAAAGAAGAUUCACUUAGUAGUAGAGACAGUGAAAGAGUUGAACAAGGCACAAAUACUUCAUUUGAAGAGCAUGAGUUAUACGAAAGCUUGAUAAAGGAUAAUGAAGAAUCUGAUAUUGUGCUUUGUAGUAAAGAACAGUCUAGAAUUUCAUUAAGUUAUGUUGAAGAAUCAAUCCCUGAAGAUAUAGAAGAUAAGGAAGAAGAAAAUAAAGAGGAAACUGCGAAAAAAAACAUUGAAAUAAAAGAAGUUCAAAUUGAUCUUUCCAUUGAAAGUCACAAUACCACAAGAAUUUUAACCGAUAAUUCUGACGAUGAUGAAGAUGAAGAAGAAUCGGUUAAAAAACCUAUUGUUAUAGAAGAGGUUCAAAUCGAUCUUCCCAUUGAGAGUCACAAUGUUACAAAAAUGUCAACAGAUAAUUCUGAAGAUGAAGAACAUGAAGAAGAAACCGUUAAAAAAGACGUUCAAAUUGAUCUUCCCAUUGAGAGUGACAAUACGACGAAAUCGUCGGAUGGUACAUCUGAAGAUUUAGAAGAUAAAGAAGUAGAAAUUCAAAAAGAUACCAAGAUUGAUCUUCCUAUCGAAACUGACGAAGCAACAAAAUCUUCAACGGAUAAAUCUGACGAUCUUCCCGAUAUACAAAACAAGAACGUUCUUACUGUUACCGCACAAGUGCAUAUUCCUUCAGAAGGUUCGCCAAGGUCUGUAAAAAAUAUGGCCGAAUCAAGUGGUUUUUCGAGGAGGGUUACUAGAAGAAGCAGUUUGUUGUUGUCUACCACAGCUGGUAGUGAUUUUGAGAAUAUGAGUAUACCUGAAGAAGUUUUUGUUGGCAAUGAUGAAGAAGGUACUGUAAAAGAUGACCAAUUUAAAAAAGCCAACGAAAUUGAUAUUCUCGACAGAACAUCUGUAGCUGAUUUUGAAUCUGACAAGGGCUCAGGACGCCACAGCCUCCAACCGGCAACACCGCUCCGUAAAUCUCGUCGAUUGUCGCAAUCUUCCGCCAAAAUCGAGGAGUCCGUGCUUAAAAGCACGCCCACCAGACGAAGUUCGAGAGCGAGGAGCAUCAGCAUCGAUCAGGAGGCGCCGCCGACCCCGGGCGGCUCCCGGAAGAGGCCCCUGAGGAGGACGAGCAUCGACCAAAAAGAAGGCUCUAUUGGCGCGGCGGGUUCAGAUGUUUCGACUGUGCAUUUGCCGUCGAAUGUCAGCGACAGUGACACAGUGACGUCUAGAAGGAGCACAAGACGGUCCAUACAAGUCGACGAUAUCGAUCCGAUUAAUUUGUUGGAUAAACCUGCUUUUGAAGGUCCUCCAGAUCCGGAAGAAGCUAAAGUUUACGAAAAAUCACCAGUAAAGCCAGCUAGGAGAAUGUUAAGAUCGGCUUCAGCUACAUUAGAGCCCACUACACCAGCGCCUAGACGAGGCAGAAGGCUUUCAGCUGACUAUGUUGAUAGCCCAAUUGUUUCAGGAAUAAAAACAAGAUCAAGGAAAGGUUCUAUCGAUUCUGUCUCUGAAAAUUCUGAAUUACCUUCACCGCCAAAAAGGGGUAGAAAAAAGUCGACUGACAGUGUUGUUUCAGAUACAGGUUCUGUAAGAUCUACAAGAAGUAAGGCUGGAUCUGUAUCUUCUGUUAAAACAGAUACUACUGAGUCUAAAGGACCUGUAAGAAGAUCAAGUAGAGUAAGAAAAGUAGCUUCUGUUAGAGCUGAAUUGCCUGAAAUUUCAGAAGAGGAUGUUGCUGAAAAUGGCAAUUCAGAAAAACAAACAAAGAAAGGCAGAAAAACCUAAUUGCAUUAUAUUUUUGUUUUUAUUAUUUUGUGUGUAUAGAAAUUAAUACAU